AAGAGGCCGAUUAGCAGCUGCAGCUGAAAUGUCAACUUCCUCUUUUCUUCUGAAAAACUCAAAAGACUAGAGUUGCAGCACUGGCAGAAGCAACAUUCUUCCCCAAGGCUCAGGGGAGAUUUUCUAUCGAUGAUGGGUUGGAUCCUGGACAUUUCCCACUCUGGAAGACUGCGGCUCUCUGAGCAGUAAAUUGGAGGAGAACUUGAUAAUGAGAACAAAUAAUUAGUACAUGUCCCCAAUUGUUUUAAGGCAUGUGAGUCAAACAGAAAGUCUACAAGUGCAGUGGAGACACAGAGACAGUAGGACUAUGACGCUCCCCAAGCAGACCUUCUUAUACCUGUGUCUUCUGGCUGAUUGGGCCUGGGCUAAUGAAGCUCCCCACAGGGCAACAAAUGAAACUGUUGAAUACAUGAAGUUUCUAGAAACUAGAACCUUCUCUCGGAAACGUCAAGAUAACCAAAGAUUAAUCCACUCAUUGGAGGCUAAGCUGAAGAAUGUCAAUUUCUCUAGUGUGAAUGUCACUCUUCAGACCAAUAACAUUCAGUCGCUGAUAUUCAAGCUCACCUGUGACUUCCCCGGGCUCACAAUCAGCAAUUCAUACCUAAAGAAGGCCCAAACCAGGCACAUCAUGCAGUUCCCCACUGAGCUGACUCAGCAAGCGUGCAAAGCAGGAGAAGCCCCCCAGGAGCUGCGGUUAAUUUGUAUCUACUUUGACAUGAAGUAUUUCUUCCAGGAUGAUGAUAACAGUCUUCUGCUCAAUGAUAACAUCCUUGGAGCCAGUUUGGUGAACCAUAAUGUGUCCAGCCUGAGGCAGGAUAUAAACAUCAGCUUUUGGCACAAUGAAAGCCUGGAGAGAUAUGAUUUGACGUGUGUCUUCUGGAAGGAAGGAGCAGGAAAAGCCAGUUGGGGUGCCUGGAGCACCACAGGUUGCAAUACCAUCUUGGUAUCACCAUAUCAGGUCCUGUGUAGCUGUGACCACCUCACUUACUUUGCUGUCCUCAUGAAACUCUCAUCAACCAAGAUUAGCAAGGAGCUACUGACUCCACUCACCUACAUUUCCAUUGUGGGCUGUAGCUUGUCCAUUGUGGCUUCACUGCUCACCAUCCUACUCCAUUUCUAUUCCAGAAGAAUCCUUGGAUGCUUCCCCAGGACCUUCAAUCUGGGGAUCAUAGAACACUCCAGGAAGAAGAACAAUUCCACAACCUAUAUCCACAUGAACCUCCAUGUGUCUGUCAUACUCUUGAACAUCGCCUUUCUGAUCAGCCCUUCCAUGACCUUCCAGCCAGUGGGAUGUGUGGCCAUGGCUGCCCUGCUGCACUAUACUCUGCUCAGUUGCCUCACCUGGAUGGCCAUUGAGGGCUUCAACCUCUACCUGCUACUUGUCCGGGUCUAUAACAUCUACAUCCAGAGAUAUAUCCUCAAGCUCUGUACCCUUGGUUGGGGAUUUCCUGGCUUCAUAGUGCUGCUCCUUCUCCUUUUGAAGAGCUCUGCAUAUGGGCGCUAUGAGAUCCAAAUAAAGGAGAAUGACACCAACUCUCAGAAUCCUUCCAUAUGCUGGAUCAAAUCAAUGGAAAUCCACUGGGUCUUUGUUGUGGGCUAUGCAGGAGUCACCUCCCUCUUCAACCUGGUCAUUCUCAUAUGGGCAGUAAAGAUGCUUCAUGGCCUGCGCUGUCGGGAGAAGAAGUGGGAAUCACAAAUCUGCCGGGACAUCAUCACUGUCCUGGGCCUGAGCAUGCUGCUGGGAACCACCUGGAGCCUAGCUUUCUUCUACUUCCAUGGUUUUCUGCUGCCUCAGCUCUUCCUCUCCACCAUCUUCAAUUCCUUAUAUGGUUUCUUCCUCUUCCUGUGGUUCUGUGCCCAGAAGCGACACGCUGAUUUGGAGGUUGAGACCUCCAGCUCUUCGCAGAUGACACGGCCUGGGCUCCAGAGCCAUCAUUCUCCUACCAGAUCUCCACAGCUUUCCUCUCUCACCUGUUCAGCCAGUCCUUUCCCUCCACAUGGCCCAAGUCACCAAAAGGGUAGGGUGGAGGAGGAUAUGGCACAUCCAGGGACAUAAGGAUGCACAGCCUUCCACGCCCAGUACUCUUGGCUUCCCUGGAAGCCAAGGAUAUGGCCUGGGAUAUUCCCAGGAUAUGGCCAGGAUCCUGAGCCCACACUCAGAGAACUAAUUCUUGUCCUUGACUUUUCUCUCAGCAAAGAAAGAUAAGGACCACUGCCAGAGACAUUCAAUUUUCCCCAUAGGUCGUCUUCCUUUGGGGCAGGAUGGGAAGACCCAGAUGGAGAGUGUCUGAGCAUCAGCCCCAUGGUCUUUGAGGACAAUCCUGAUAAUAAAGUAGGAGAGAGCCCUGGAUUAGGAGGCAGAUCUGGAGCCUUGAUCCCAUCACCAAUUUACUGUGUUAUCUCAGGCAAGCCACAGCUUCGGUUCCCUAAUCUGUCAAAUGGAGAUAAUAAUACAUCUCAUGAAUGCUGAGAGGAGGAAAGAAUAUAUUAUAGUAGAAAAAGUAUUAGACCAGGAGUCAGGAGUAUUGAGUUUUAAUCUUAGCUUUAUGUGAUCCUAGGCAGGUCACUUCCCUUCUCUGACUCUCAGUUUACCCAUCUGUAAAAAAGAUGAUAUUGAACCAGAUAAUUUUUAAGAUCCCUUACAGCUCUGGCAUUCUGUGAUCUUGUGUCCCAUUGUGAUGAUUUCUGUGUAAAUACUUUGAAGAACAUAAAUUCUGUACAGACUUUUUUUAAA